UUUAAUGCACAACGUAGCUCAUAUAAAAGGCUUGAUUUUUGGAAUCUAUAGUCAUAUCUCGGUGUGUGUCUUUACAACUUCAAGAAAUUCUGAAGGCGGUGGAAUCAGAAUCGGGCGAGUUUCAUGUUACAAGGAAUACAUUUACAAAGAAGAUACGAUGGGUUGGUCGCAUUUGAUGAUAUUGGUAACUAGUGUUUUUUUCGUGAACAUGUCCAAUGGACAACCACGGCCAAGAUAUAAGCAAGCAGUAAAUCCACUUCCUGCUUACCUCGAACGAAACGAUGUAAAUCCAGGAUUGAGGAGAAGGAUAAAAAGAUAUCAAAAACACAAUACGGAAAUUAGACAUGAAACCACAAGCACUGAAGAAAAAUGGGGGAAUAUACAAGGACCAUCUUACGAACACAUCCAGAAUUGCGACUUUCGUUCUGAAGAUAGCGAUACUAAUAUCGAAAAGAUCCUAGGAGGAGAAAAAGCUCCUGAUAAGUGGAGAAAUUGGUUUGUUGAGAUAAGUGAUGGGAGUAAAAAAUGUGGAGGAACUCUCAUCGCGCCGAGACUUGUUUUGACUGCCGCACAUUGCUUUCCUUUCAUAGCAAGGCGUCACGGCGGACCCAUCUCUAGACAUAAUUGUAAAACACUUGCCAACUACAAUGCAACAAUAAAUCCUACUGGAAGACCUGGAGAUCAGGAAAUAAUCAGGAUAUCUCACGUUUACAAAAAUUCUGAGUUUACAAUUAACCAAGGCUGGGGUUGCAUUUAUUCAAACGAUGAAGCAAUCGCAGUACUAUCGACAGAAUUCACCACCGAUUUUAAGCCUCCUUUCUGCUUGAGUCAUGGCCACAAGCCAGAAUCCGAGGACAGGUGUUUUGCUGUUGGAAUGGGAUAUACAGAGCGCUUCCGGAAUAAUCCCAAUAGAAAAACAUCGAAAACUUUGCAACGAAGAAAUGUCAGUAGAAUGAAUUGCUCGUCAAAGAUUUGCGAAUUGAACAAUAGGGAGAAACAUGAAAUACACUGUGUAACCACUGGACCUUUACAGGGUGACAGUGGUGGGCCGAUUAUGUGUAGUCGUAAUGGCACAAAACAGUAUUAUUUAAUGGGUAUAAUUUCUAAAGUCCACGGAGAAGGAAAUUAUUCUAUUGUUCACAAUGCAAUGCAGAGAAUGCAAUUCUGGAUCGAAGACUUUCUCCGGUCAGAAGCCCUGGAUUUAGAUGAUCGCUCUAGCUGUCCUCCUCAUAUCCCGACAGCUCGAAAGUGGAAUUGUCCUACAUCAAAGAAAUCAUGUUAAGUUAAGACAUUAUAUACAUGACAUAAACUUGCGAAUCGUAUAUUUUCCCAUUUUCAGUCACACAUCCAAUAUGGCAUAGCUGCGUGGGGCUCUGCAACCAAAACAAAUUUGCUAAAUCAGAAGUUUUACAGAAUAGGACUGUUAGAAUUCCUAUAUUAUAUACUAUACCCUAUAUCUACAGGACCAGGGUGCUGAAACUAUCUGACAUCCAUAAGCUAGAUAUCUGCAAAGACAUUGAUCUAUUUCACAGCCACCAGUUGCCUGCAACUUUUGGCGAUUAUUUGGUUAGGUUUAGUGACAUGCAUGAGCAGAAUACGCGCUCUUCGACAAAGUCUAAUUAUUUGUACCCCGUUUUUCAAUAGGAAAAUCCCGCUCUAAAAUAUAAAGGUGUUGUAACUUGGUAACUUGGAAUAGUAUUCCCAGCAGUUGACGUGACUCCACCUAUAUGCCACUUUCAAAGUGAAGUAUAAAGAACUCUUAAAUUCUUCUGUCUUGCCAGCACCUUGAGUUGAUGUGCUGCCAGCACUUGCUUUGCCAUUGUCAG